UUAACAUCUGCCUUCAGUGAUGCAUCACACAGAGAGAGAGAGAGAGAGAGAGAGAGAGAGGGAAUUUUGAAGCUUUUUUAUAAGCUUUAGAUUUUGCCGUCGAAGAUAUCUCUGCCUCCGCCGAGUAAAUCAAGAUCGUCUCUGAAGAUUUGAAACAAUUUUACAAUCCAAUUCAAACAAAAAGUUCCCAAUAGUUUGAAGCAAACGUAGAAGAUCACAAGUUGAGAGGAGUUUUUCCCGGUGUUUGACAAGGGUCACACAAGCUUAGACGAUCGUAUAUUCCUGCUCCUUCUCAAAUUUUCCAAUUACCGCCUGAGGCAAAACCAUGGAGCAAUCGGAGGGUACCCAGAGCUCGCUCCCGGACGAUAUUGCCCUGAAAAUUGCUUCAUUACUUGAGGUUCAUUUUUUGAUAAUUUCAUUCUUUGUUCUGUCUUUGAAAUAUAAUCAUUUGAUUUUUGUCUUUCAAAAGGUACCGGAUGUCUGUGCCUUGGGUAGUUGCUCUCGGUUCUGGAGGUCGUUGUGCGGUUCUGAGUGCAUAUGGGAGUCUCUGGUAAAGGAAAGAUGGACGUCUCUGACUCUGUUCGACGAGUCUUCUUCGUCUACUCCCACCAAAGCCCCAAUCUCCAAGGGAUGGAGGGGGUUUUACAUAAAGAGGCACAAAGAAAUGGCAGGAAGGGUUUCUGCAGUAACCAAGUUUGUAGAAAAAUGCUUUCCGAAUGAAUCACUUGAGGUCGGGGACUAUCUGAAAGCAAUUGAAGAAUUGUCCACCAUGCAGGUUGGGUUCAAGGAUGUCCAAAUGUUCAUUUUCAAACCGAAGUGUAAUGUGCUGCUUAACUUGGUUGGCUUGCAUUACUGCUUAAGUUGGCUUGAAGUGCCGAAUGAGGAUGUCAUUGAAGCACUUCAAAGUUGCAAGAUUUCAGAGCGCCGAGUGUGCGUCAAAUGGUGGAAGCUUGGCCGAUUGUUUUAUGGCUUUCGCAUGCGGGAUGAGUCUCAUUCUCGUUGGGUCUCUCUGGCAGAGCUUGCAUUGGCCAAAGAACAGGAAGUUCUUUUAGUGCUUCAGCGAGGAGCCAUUCAUGAGGUUCUUCAAGUUCAGAUCUCUGUUGCUGAUCCCACAAGCACUCCUUGGUCAUGCCAAAGUGCACAAGGACAGGAUUAGGCAAUGCCCAAAACAAUUUAUUGUAUAUAACAUUUGUUUCCUGUUGUCCUUGUGAUGAUGAUAUUUCUGUAAUUUUAGUGUAUAUGUAUAUUUAUGUGUAUACAUUUAUCAUUGCCAUAAAUCUGUGUACUAUGCACCCUAUGUAUAAUUGGUUCUUUGUGUACAUGUGAUAUGUAUUAUUUGUACAUCAAGAGGCAAGGCCUCUGCUAUAAUGUUAGAUAAUCUUCUUGAUUU